AUAAGCAUUCAGCCGCUGGUGUCCUUAUAUUAAAUCCAAUUAGUUCAUUAUUUAACAAAUAAUUCAUUUAGGGGGCGGAUGUUUAUCGAUCAGAAGUAAAUCCAGACAGCCACCAUGGCUAUGUCUAAAGGUUUUAAAGUACUUGAAAAAUCUUCUCCACCUAAUCCGUAUAGUGUAAUUUUACAACACAGAAAUAAAGAUACCGCAUUAUUAUUCGAAUCUCAAGCGGUGGUUUCUCUGUCGUUUCAAGAGACGGAAACUUUGCGUAAACAAUAUCAUAAAAUUGCUGAUGCAUAUGGAUGCUUAGGUGUUCUACAGUUAAAUUCUGGAGAAAGUUGCUUACUACACCUUGUUCUCGUCACAGGCUGCUGUUCCGUUGGCAAGGUAGGCGACAUUGAAGUUUUUAAAAUAACUCAAACACAAUUUUUACCUCUUUUCUAUCAAUCCCAAAGUGAAGAUAAAGUUUCAGAAGUGAGAAAAUUACUUAACUCUGGCACCUUUUAUUUUUCAUGGAAUUCCGGUAAAAAUACUGAUAAUUUAUUUGAUCUUACUCUAUGUUCUCAAAGGAAAAGCAAAGGAGCUAACUCAGAUAAUAGAUUCUUUUGGAAUAGAACCUUGUUUAUUCACCUUAUAAGAUUUGGAAUUGAUUGUGAUGAUUGGCUUACAAGGGCAAUGUGUGGAUCAGUUGAGAUAAGAACUAUUUAUGUAGGCCAUAGACAAGCAAGGGCUGUCCUAGUGUCGAGGUUGAGCUGCGAAAGGGCAGGAACAAGAUUCAAUGUUAGAGGUUGCAAUGAUGAUGGUAAUGUUGCUAACUUUGUUGAAACUGAACAAGCAAUUUAUAUUGAUGAUUCUGUAGCAUCAUACAUUCAAACCAGAGGAUCAGUUCCACUGUUUUGGGAACAGCCUGGGAUACAGGUUGGUUCACAUAAAGUAAAAAUGUCACGAGGAUAUGAUGCAUCAACUAGUGCAUGUGACAGACAUUUCUCUCAGUUGAAGCGUAAUUAUGGGUCUAUUGUAGUUGUGAAUCUUUUGGGCUCAAGUCUAAUAGGAGGAAGUGAAGGAGAAGCAACUCUAAGCAAUGCCUUUCAGAGACAUCUCAAUGAGUCUGCCCAUAAUGAUAUUGCACAGAUUAUCUUUGAUUACCAUCAGGAAGUUAAAGCUUCAUCAAUUGAUUCAGCACUAUUGAAAUUUAAGAAAAUUAUUGAAAAUUAUUAUGAUAAUAUAAGCAUUUUCAGUGCUAAAGGUACUGAUAUUUAUAAUAUUCAAAAGGGUGUAAUUCGAACUAAUUGCUUAGAUUGUUUGGAUAGAACAAAUGCUAUACAAACAUUUAUUGGCUUAGAGAUGCUUGCAAUACAGCUCAUGUUACUACAAUGUGUUGAUAAAAAACAGAAUGUUAAUAGAUUUGAGGAAGUUUUUAAACAGAUGUGGGUUAAUAAUGGCAAUGAAGUGUCAAAAAUUUAUGCAGGCACUGGUGCUAUACAAGGUGGUUCUAAAUUGAUAGACGGAGCAAGAUCAGCUGCCCGCACCAUACAAAAUAAUUUGUUAGAUAACUCAAAACAAGAAGCUAUUGAUAUAUUACUUUUGGGCUCAACUCUAAAUUCAGAAUUAGCAGAUCGCACAAGAAUUUUGCUACCAUCUAAUAUUUUACACACAUCCACACCCGUACUCAGAGAAAUGUGCAGAAGAGCAAAUGAAUUUACCCAACCUUCUAGUAUACGUAUAACAAUUGGAACAUACAAUGUGAAUGGUGGAAAGCAUUUUAGAAGCCUUGCAUACAAAGAUGUUUCGUUAUCGGAUUGGUUACUGGAUUGCCCAAAUUCUGCUUUAGUAAACACAGUAAAUUUAAAAGAUCAUCCUUCAGACAUAUUUGCUAUUGGUUUUCAAGAGAUAGUUGAUUUAAAUGCUAGUAAUAUUAUGGCAGCUAGUUCUGAUAAUGCAAAGGCAUGGAGUGAAGAAUUGGAUAAGAUACUAGCGAGAGAUGCUUCUUAUACGCUUUUAUCAAGUCAUCAGUUGGUGGGUGUCUGUCUUUUUGUAUUUGCAAGAAAAGAUUUAAUUCCACAUAUAAGAGAUGUAGCACUUGAUUCUGUCAAAACUGGGCUUGGUGGAGCAACUGGAAAUAAAGGAGCUGUAGCAAUUCGCCUGGUAAUAUAUGGGACAUCCCUUUGUUUUGUUUGUGCUCAUUUCGCUGCAGGGCAAUCUCAAGUUUCAGAACGCAAUGCAGAUUAUACUGAAAUCACACGAAAAAUUGCUUUUCCUAUGGGGCGGUCCUUAUAUUCUCAUGAUUACGUAUUUUGGUGUGGAGAUUUCAACUAUCGUAUUGAUCUAGAUAAGGAUGAAACUCGAUUAUUAGCAUCACAAAACAAUAUGCAAAGACUUCUAGAACAAGAUCAACUAUUACGCCAAAAAUCACAAGAUCUAGUUUUUAAAAAUUGCUUUGAGGGAGAAAUAACUUUCCUUCCUACUUAUAAAUAUGAUUUAUUUAGUGACGAUUAUGAUACCAGCGAAAAAUGUCGGGCACCAGCGUGGACGGAUCGCGUCUUAUGGAGAAGUCGCAAGCAUACUAUUGAUCCAGAAUCGACUUCAGAAUUAGCCGCUGGAAAAAUAUUGCACUAUGGGCGUGCUGAACUUAAACAGAGCGAUCACCGUCCGGUGAUUGCUAUAUUAGAAAUUGAAGUUUCACAAGUUAGUUACACAAAGUGUAUGGAAGUUUUUUAUGAUGUGGUUAAAGACUUGGGUCCGCCUGAUGCUAGCAUUAUUGUCCAGCCAGUGGACGAGUUUGAUAACGAAGAAUCUAUUUUUGAUGAUAACUUGAUGACUGCUGUUCUACAAGAAUUGGCUAUUAUUGGUGAAGUAACGUUAGUACGUUUCAUUGAUGAUCUUACAUUGAGUAUAACAUUUAGAGAUGGUCAACAUGCCUUGGCGGCAGCACAGAAAGGACAAAUUUCAGCCUGUUCAAUUCCAUUACUAAUAUCAUUGAAGUCGCCUAAUUGGAUUGAUAUUGUAAAAUCAGAAGUUAACUUGUGUUCCAACAACACAAUUCCAUUAUUCGGCGAAAUACCUAGCGAACGCCCUCUGCGGUCUGCUCCGCCUACACCUCGUAGACAACAACCGAGUAGGCCUCCAGCUCCAUCACCUACACCCUUGGUACCAUCGAGGACACCAGCAAUAAGUCCAGCAAGACCACCUCCACCUCGCCCUGCGCCAUUUCAAAAUGAAAUAGCUGGAAAUGUACUACAGUCUGUACCGACAUCUCCUCCUGCUGACAUUCUUCCUCCGCCACAGUGCGCACCUCCACCGCCACCAGCUAGCAGCACUCCUCCUCCCACUAGUCAUCCUCCUCCAGUACCUGCCCGCCAAGGAGCACCGCCUCCUUUGCCAGCCCGCCCACGACCAGUUAUUUAGAUCCAUAUUGCGGCAUUUGCUUUAGAUACUUUGUUAUAGAUAAUGAAUAUGCUAUUCUAUAUAAUAGUUGAGACGUUAUAAAUUUAAUAUACAUUGUUGAAUAAUUUCAUACACAAUGUACUAUCAUCUUUAUCUUAUAUACUAUACAUAUAUUGUAGUUCUAUUCAAAAUUAUAUCAUAGAUAUGACCCUUUUAAGAUUAUUUUAAUAGGCUGUGAUGUAUUGAUCAAAAUAUCCUAGUAUUUCUUUAUAUAUAAUAAUUAUAAUUCAUUUUUGUUCUACCUAGUAUUUUUUACUUAUUUUUUUUAUAAAAAUCAAAUAUGGUUAGCAAAGAAGAUGUUUGUAAUAUUUUUUUAUUCUAAAAUUUAUAUCCAAAUAGAAACGGCAGAAUUUUAUUAUUGAUCUCAUUAGACGUCUUUACAUUUUUUUUACGUAAUUUAAUGAAACAUUUUAAUUCCUAUAUUUCGCACGCGGCCAACGGUUAUUUUAUAUAAUUUUGUUUAUUCUUGUUUGGGUUCCUAUAUGUUUUAUAAAAACUCGGUACUUGUUCAUUUAGCUAUUAGAAGUGUAAUAUAGAGCUUUGUACAUGAUUUGAUCGUAAGAAAAUUACUAAUAGGAAAUUUAUUGAUUUAUUAUUAUUAGAUAACAACGAAAAGUAUAGUAAGUAUAUAUUCUUCUGUAAAUUUUAUUAUGAUGUUAUAAAUUCUAAGAUUACCCUACCUAUUAAUUAUGAUAUGUUAUUAUAUCAAAAUUAUGUAAUUAUAGUUUAAAAUUAGAACAUUUUUUUUUGUAUCGAGUAUAAAAUAUUUGUUACAAACUAUGAUACGUUGAUGCAAUAGUACGAUAAUUCCUAAACUGAUAAUGUAAUCCGCUUAUUUUUUUUGUAGUCGAUUACUUCACCAUUAUAAUUAUUUACAACACUAAGCAACUGGUAAGGCUAGUAUGUCUAAAUAUUUUUAGUUUUAAUUCUUUAUUUAUUAGAGUCGCUAUUUAUUGUUUUCGAAACAAAGUUACUUUAAUAUAUUGCUUUAAAAAAUAUAUUUAGCACAUUACGAGUCUAAUUUUUGUUAAAACAGAUAUAAUAAAAAGCGAGUAAAUAUAUAUCGCGAAAACAUUUCCAUAACUUAAACUUACUUAAAAUUGUGAGAUUAUCUUCCCUUAUAUAAUAUAAUUAUUCAAGGAUCCGCAAUACUUCAAAUGAAUGGCAGUAUAAAAGUGUAUUCUAUCGUAUAUGUUUUCUAAUUAAAUAUGAACAAAAAAGCUAUUGUUAUAAUUUAUUGCUUUAAUCUAUCAGUUUAAAUAUUACAUACGUAAGCAAUUUAAUUUUAAGGUUGCUGUAACAGUUAACGAAAGGUAAAAAUAUUUGAAAGAGUUGAAUUUAGUUAUAAGUUAUUUAUAUUAUGAUGUAAGUAUUAUUUUUCUGUAUUUUAUUUACAACAUGUCCAUUACAAUUUUUGAAUUUAGAAUCAUUAAGGUACAAGGUAACCGUAUUUGUCUAUACAUUGGGUGCAAUCAAAAUUAAAAUAAUUUGUAGAAAGUAUGUCACAACGUUAAUUGUUAAUAUCGACAUUAUUAGAUGUUAUUAUCGCUUUAUGUCGCUGUAUUUUGUGAUUCUAGAAUCUACAGUUACAGACGAACAUACAACAUCUGUAGAGCGCUAUGUUAGAGAUAAUUUUAUUGAUAUUGAACGAUAUAUAUAUAUAUAGCCAUAAUAUCCUAACAGGGUACAGGCAAUUUCAACUCAUGUUUAUACUAUCGCUUGAAGUAGUAUAUUGUAUUUUUUAUAUAUAAUUUUUAAAGAUAAUUGAAAAAUAUUUUCCGACCACCAGUCAUGUGUAGAAGGCUUGUAUCUCGUAUAAGAUCCACGAAGUAGUCCUGUUACAAUAGAUAGAAACAAUCGAAGAAUGCUUGAAAAGUCAAGCAUGCCUUUCUAUUCACAAGCCUCCUUGUCAAAGGACAAGAAAUUACUUUUCAGAUUUCAGCUGUGCAAUACAUAUUUGUUAUGAUGCGCUUUUUUUGUUCUCUACGUCACUUAUUAUUUAUUAAUAUAAGUUUUAAAUCACGAGUUAAAAAAUAGACGUACUUACCUGAUUUGCAUUUGCUAGUUUAAUAAAUUUAUCAGAAUUAAUAAUAAUCAUAGGGUAAAUUGUAGAUAUAGUGCUUUAUAAAUGUUGUAUCAAAAAUUAUUAGCCGAUGGUAGUUAUAGACAAUUUAUGUAUUUUGAAAUGGCAUAAUAAAUUGUUUGGGCGAAAAUAUUUCAGUA